AUGCAGCCAUCAUCAGUAAUAGCCGCUCCCCCGUCGUCCUCCGCCGUUGCUGUUUCCUCUGCUCCCCGAGCUCAGAGAUCCAAUAACCGGAAGAGCGGUCUCACCACCGCACCCCACAGGCAGAGCCAUGCGCAAUCCCCAGGCCCAGGCCAUCCCUCUCCUCGCCAACACUCCACCACCACCAACUCCAAUGGCAACAGCAAGAGCCGCCAUCAGUCCAUGCCCCCGCAGCAGCGUGGUAUGACCAUGACCCACAUUCAUCCUGUCACCAUCCUCAAGCGCUCCUCUGUUGCCCCCCCUGCAACCGCCCCUAGCCCUGUCCAAGGUCCCUCCUCCCCUUCCAAGCAGACCGCCGCCAAUGCCACCUCUCCUAAUGUCAAUCCUGCGUCGCUGCAGCGCCAUCAGAACAACCAGCACCAGCACCAGCACCAGCAGAACCAUCGCAACCAUCAUCUCAACCAGAAGCCAAAGCCCCAAUCGCCGCAGCCCCUAUCCAAGGCUCGCAGGGUCCAGCGACGCAAGGAGAUCGAGGCCACCACAGAGUCCCUCGCCCAGGCCGACCUGGACCAGGCCAUGCACCAGAGCCCUCCUCUGGACCCAUCCAGCCCCCCUUCCUCGUCGGACUCUGACGACUCUGAGUCACCCAUGACCCGUUUGCCCGACACGUUCUUGAACAUGAAGCGCCACCAGCGCCAAUUGGCCGGUAGUCCUCCUCUGCGACCCAACUCUGCCCCAGCAGCGCCCCAGCAGCAGCUCCGUCACGGAUAUCUCUCUAUGGAUCCUGCUCAGCAGCAGCAGCAGCAGCGAUCUGUAUAUGCGAGCCGAGUUGCUCAUCCUAUGGAGACCAUGAUGCAGCGUCCCAAGGCUAGCUCAUCGGACAAGGUCUUGAUGGCCGACCGCGUGCCCGUAGAGAAAAAGUCUACGCUUUAUGCUGGCCCUACCUUCCACAACUCCCCUGCGCCCACUAGCCUGCCCAUCCCUGCAUUCGCCCGCUCUGCUAACAACAGUCCUGCAGAGGCUGCUGUCGAGCGAUUGCCCUCUGCCCCCUUCUUUGCAGAGGCUGCUUCGCCACAGCUCAACAGCAUGCGUCCUCAGCUGGUCCAGCCUUUCAUGGGCGGAUGGAAUGGUCAUUACUCGAUGCCCAUGCCCAUGCCCACGCCCAUGGGCCACGCCUACAAUGUCCCUGAGCGCAUGGCGACCUCGAGCUUUGCACCCCACACCCACAUGUCCACGCAGCCUGGCGUCGACCAACUGAUGGAGAUUAGUCAGAACCUCCGUACUCUGCUUAAGAUCCAGAGCCAGUAG